AUGGGCAAAAAGAAGAAGAAAACUUUGUUUUGUAAUUUUCGGACGUUUUUGAAUGGAUAUAAACUUCCAGCUGGAAAUCCUUUCAGACUCAGCACAGCUUUCAACUUCAUACAAAACAACAACAAAACGCUUCGAAAUCUUAUCGUUGCGAUAUCGACUUACCAACUUCAACAACUUCUUAACGCCAGAGCAUUCCAUUGCCCGGAUAAGAAUUACCAACAAUAUGGCUUCACUUUCUUAUUUGCUCCAGUUCUUGUAUUGUUCUGUUUAAACUUGCUCGUAGUUGGUGAAAUCUGGAAUUUUACGUCUAGAAUGUUUGUGAAACGGUACAUAAGACGAGGAGAUAUUGUUGCACGGGUUUUGCCAAGUUUACUCAAGGCUUGUGUUGGGCCAGCAGUUUGGCUGAUAGUUGCAUUUCGGGAAGAAGAUUAUUAUAUCUGCGCCAAACUUGGGCCAUUUACACCAAUACACAACCAAACAGUUUUAACUGACCGACAAAUAUUCGAGAGAAAAAGAAAGGUCGAGCACUGCAAAAGUGAAGCGCAAGUUCUGGCGUGGAUAAUAUUUGGAGGCCUUGUUACUUUAGGAACGGCAUUAGUAGUAUGGAAGAACUGCUACUUUAAGGAUAAUCUUCUGAUGGAAAGUAAGUGAUGGAUGGCAGUUAAGAUAACUUUUUGUAACCAAAGCGAUCACCGUUUAAGUAGUCGAGCCUUCUCUAGGAGUUGUCGAGAAAGCGUGCAAGUUUCACAAGUUGUGAGGUCAAACGAGUGGCGCAGUCUGAAUUGGCAAAACAGGCUUUUAUUGUCAUUAUAAUUAUAAAAACUUUACAAUAUUAAAAGAGAUAUCCUAAAUGAAAUACACGGUCUUCUAAAAAACUAUAAUCAGCUAAUACAAAUACUAUCUGCUAAAACUACUACAAAAAGACCCUGAAGAAGGAAGGCCGUGCUUUCCGAAAUAUUGGUAAAAAUGAAUAUUCCCGACUGUAAAAUCAGCUUUGCUUCUUUUGCUUUAUAUUUUCACUUAUUGCUGAUUAGAUCCUUUAUUACGAUCCGGGUCUUCUUUUUUGUAAGCUGGUCCUUGCUUCAAAAAUUGAAAAAGAAAAUACAGCGGCACUGGUCGCGAUGGUCAUUGUCAGAGUUUUUCUUCUCUUCCUUGUUGGACUGAAAAUAAAUAGCCUGGAAUUAAGGAAGCGUUUCUUUAGGAAAAUCAAAAUCCAGAUCUAAAACCACGCUUUGCGUUUCUUUAAUCUCAUCCAAAACUUGGAUUUUGAAUCCUAAUCCGGAUUUCUAGGAUUCGAUCCAUGCGGUUCUUUAGCACAGGUCAGAACAAAACACAUUGUGUGGGAAAGCGGUUUCACUGAUGAGGCUCGCCACACUUAAGGAUCUCAUUUUCGUUUUUCGAUUUCUUAGCCCGUAACGCAAAACCAAAGAAUCUAUUGUUGGAUCCUGGCAAAGAAAUAUACCACUGAGAUCAGAGUUGUUGUUACAGGGUAAACUAAAAAGAAAUUCUUACCACUAUCGUCAUUUAAGUAGAACACAAUAACAAGGUUUUGGACCUCAAUCAUCUUAUCAUUAAUCAUCUUGUUCAGAUCAUUACAGUUUUGAAAGAAGAGAGGCCUUAAGCGCUAAGAUAGCAUUCAUAAAACACAUUGGGGGAAAAUUAUGCGAAGACGCUGAUAUCGACGACGAUCCGAUGACAGCUGAAUAUGGUACCGAACAAGAUAGAGUUACAUUGUACCACAAUGGGGUUCCAGAAAUGAUAGGAAGGAAGACAGUAGAAAAGCUAUUCCAGGGUGAGUUUACAGUGAGGUUUUUGUAUCCUAGCUUGUAGCAGUAGGCUGUGCUAGUAGAUAUAAUGAGAAUAUGAGAUGAUUGUUUCUUUUUAACGGUUCUAACAAUGAACAAAUCCUAGCCUGCAGCGCAGCCGUAUUUUGAACGGGCGAAAUCUUUUUUAAGUUCGUAUUGUUGUAGCCGCCAUCUUUGAUUUUAUAACAGAGCAAGAUUAAGGAGAGUAGAAAUAGCAGCCCUUAGGGUCCCUUAGGGUCCCUUAUGGUAGGUACCUCGACUCGCCCCAUUUCCUCCUUUUUUCGGGAGUUCAACAAAAACAUUCGUGCGCCCGAAGACAACGCCUGCUCUGCAGGUUAACCAAAUCUUAAUUCUCGUAGGUCACCCAUUCUGAAACCAAAAUGGCUCAUUAAUUAUCCUGUAGUCGUGAAUCACAAAAAAAUAAUAUAGAGGCCUGUGGCUGUAGGGCAAAACCUUUUUUUAUAAGUGCCUAUCCGCAAAUCGUGAAUAUCAAAAAUACUCUUCAUAACGCACGCGGUUGUUACUUGUGAUAUCUUAUAAAGUUUAAACCCGCGCCUAUUACUGAAAAAAAGGCCAGGAGCUUUGCCGUGGAUUGAACCUGAAAAAACAAAACAAAACAAAAAACAAGAAAACAGCGAGUGGGGUCUGUUAAAGCCGACCCGGGCUCCUCGAGUUCCGUAUACUUUGCGUGUUUGCUGUACUUACCAACAAGACAUGAGCAAUUGCCUCUAUUUAUCAAUCGCCGAAAAUCACCGACACUAAUUUCACUUUUUCUUCAGGUUACAACGGAAAAAACUGGGCAGUCGGUGAUAAAUGGCACUAUAUCAAAGCUUACAAGGCUUUUAAGGAGAUGUACCCUCGUAUUUCUACUGGAAGUCCUCUGGAUCCAUGGCGCGUAGUACGGGGAGAUAUUGACGGCACCCAGAAAACCUACCGGUUUUUUCUUGCCUCCAACUGUUCCCGGAAUUCAAACGCCGCUGACCGCGAACUUGAGCCUCUGUAUACUGAGUUGGAACUUGGUGAUCCGCAGGUCCAUCAACAAGUAGGUUCAAGCUUCAGUCAGUUUGAUCCUAUUAUAAUAAUUUUACUAGGGCUAAAAUACGGUAUCGCUUAUCGCCGCGUUGGUGGCGUACUUAUGAAGAAUGUGAUCGAUUGAGAGAAAUUUUUUUCCCUCCUGAAAUAUCCGCAGUUUUGACAAAUCUACUAUCAGGGUCUUUAUGGUUUCAAAUCCUGAAAAUCAGCGACCAAUCCCUGACAAACAGGUCGAAUAGUCUUGUCCGUGGAAAAAGUGUUAAUUCCCUGAGGUCUGCAAAUAGCCAAAGGACCUAUUAAGCUCUAUUAAAGCCAGAAGAUUCGCACAGUCUUUCAACUAGUUUUUCAAUCGAUUAGCAACAAGAUCCAGAAGAAGCAGCUUAAAGUGCAACAGAUAAAGCCACCCAUUGAAAAUCAGCAUUAUGUAGCUCAUCUGAUUUCAAUGCGCGAUGCAACUGUUUCGCGUUUUCCCUGAAGCACCGCCGGGCUACACUAGCGCGCAGAUGUUGACCACAAGUCAUUUCUGCUAUUAACAGCGCUAUAGUAUUCGGAUGAAUGAAUGUGAGAAUAUAUGAAAUUCGUGUAACUCAUCAUGAACUGCAGAACAAUACUUAAACAGAGAAAGACCCUAUGUAGUUAUGUACACAAUCCAACCUAAGCAGUUGUGAUUUUUAGAGUUAGUGAACGGUAUUAGAACGCAUCAGUGAACCGGUAAUACCACAAUUGUAAUAUAUGAGAUUAUAAUAUAGUUUCAUAUAUUUAUAAGUAUAUUACCAAUCCCACAACGAAACUAGCUCUCAGCUGUCUCUAUAACUCAUUUGGUAAGCGGAGCACUGCAUCGGUAUUUCGAGACUUUUAGCAGGUCGAAUUCUUCAAGCCAGGCCGGCUUAAAAACACAACUAGCUUAAGUUGUUUAUAUAUCUGCAAGGAUUUUCCCUGUUCAAAUUCAUCUAUUAAAGUUAUUCGUCCGUUUGUACCGUCUGCUGUUGAAGCUGUGUCUUUGUGUUGAUCUGUGUACAGAAUUCGUAUUUUUCUUAUUGUUUUUACCAGGAAAACCAUAGAGAAAUGAAGCAACCACAAAAAACAAAGCGAGAGGCCGGGAGGAAAUGGGAAGGAGGAUUUGAGACAACGAAGAUUAGAGACGAGAAACAUUACAAAUACAACAACAACAACAAUAUUUAG